GUAUAAAGAAAGAAACUUGGGCAUUAUGGUUUGGAAAGAAUGCCAUUGCAUAGUGUGGUUCUCCCCACCCCUUCUCCUGUAAACAAAACCUUCAUGUGUGCUGUUAUUGCUGUUUUGCAGGUGAAGUACAGCAGUGAUCAGAGGCAGAUGAAAGGUAGACGUAGUGUGAUUCUAGACACACCUGAGCUAAGGCAUGUCAAAGAAACACAAAACAACAUCUCAAUGGUUAAAUAUCAUGAAGAUUUCGAGAAGACAAAGGGCAGAGGCUUCACCCCAGUGGUGGAUGAUCCUAUAACAGAGCGGGUGCGGAAAAACACCCAAGUUGUAAGUGAUGCAGCAUAUAAAGGGGUACACCCACAUAUAGUUGAAAUGGAUAGAAGACCUGGAAUAAUUGUUGAUCUUAAGGUUUGGCGCACAGAUCCUGGCUCCAUCUUCGACAUUGAUCCUCUGGAGGACAAUAUUCAGUCUAGGAGUCUGCAUAUGCUUUCUGAAAGAGCGAGCCGCUACAGUAAGCAGUACUUACAUUCUACAAGCUUGGGAGAUUAUAAAUCAGAUGGUUCUGACACGAACCCUACCUUUUCUUACUGCAGUGAGAUAACAAGGCCAUCUGAUGAAGGAGGUAGCCUUAUUCCCACUUUUUUCACUAGUAACACUGUCAUAAUGUAUUGAGACCUCACAGGCCUGCAUUAACUCAAUAUCCUCGUAUAGUCACAAAUCAUUGGAAACUGUGUCUUGCACAGAUUAUUUAAGGAAGAAAAGCAAAAUUCCCAGUCUGCACAGUUUCUUGCAUGCCAUUUUGCUUUAUUGUGUAUUCUUUUUAACCAUUUUGAGAAGUGUGUCAAUUCAAAAUCUCUACUAACUCCCAUUUACAGUGCUGAAGUUGAGGGUGCAUUGUGUUUUUGCAAAACUAGUGUGUCGGAUUAUUUUUUCAUGAAAGACAAAAUAUAACUGAAAAAAAUAAUCCUCUCCACAGAAAAAUUAAAUUUACCACAUUCUUUUUAGUGAACAAAUCAACCGUAUGAAAGCAUUUUGUUGACAGAACUACUUUUUCCCAUAUCAACUUUUUUGUGCAGGUUUUUGUGGCUGUUUCCAUCCUAAAAGGAAAAGUAGGAAAGUCUGAUGGCUUUCUCCUACGUGGAAGUUUUCUCAGAGACUUUUUUUUUAAGGGUUUUUAUUUUAGAACACUCUGCAUAUUUUUCUCAGUAGUUUCAUCUUUGGAGACUGAAGCAGAGAAAGGACUGGAGUCUUAUGUGUGGGAGGAUGUAAGAUAUGGAAAUUAAUUUGUGUUGUAUGAUCCAGUGCCAAUCAUAGAAACCAAGCUGAGUUGCUUAAAGCUGUGUGUGUCCUGGUGUAAAGAGUGGUGUGAUAAAGUGAAGGCUGCAAGUAAAAAUUUAAUUUGUAUUUUUCCUCAAGCCCACUGUAUGUAACAGAUAAAGAAAGAAUAUGCUACAAUCAGAAGAAAUUCUGGUUUAGGAUUAGUCAAGUUAGUCAGUCUGACUCAAGUUUAGGCAAGCGGUUUGCAUCCAGUCUUGUUCAACAUCUUCAUCAACGACCUAGAAGAAGGGAUAGAGUCCAUCCUCAGCAGUUUUACUGAUGAUACAAAGCUGGUAGGAGUGGCCUUCACACCAGAAGUCUGUGCUACCAUUCAACAAGAUCUGGACAGACUGGAGAGUUGAGCAGGGAGGAACCUGAUGAGGUUUAACAAGAGAAAGUAUAGAGUCUUGCACCUGGGGGAGAAUAACUGCAUCCGUCAGUACAGGUUGGGGACUGACCUGCUGGAGAGGAGCUCUGCAGAGAAGGACCUGGGUGUCCUUUUCGAGAACGGGUUAACCAUGGGCAGCAGUGAGCCCUUGUGGCCAAGAAGGCCAAUGGUAUCCUGGGGUGCAUUAAAAAGAGGGCGGUCAACAGAUUGUUCUCCUCCUUGACUCUGCCCUGGUGAGGCCACAUUUAGAAUACUGUGUCCUGUUCUGGGCUCCCCAGUU